GGGAAGCCCCGACUCAGGGUCUCGUGACCGGCCAGCCUCCCAUUCCCUUCCCUUCCCUUCGGACCUUCCGAGUAGGGCCCCCGCCGGGAGCCCCUGCGGCCUGGUGGGCGUUGUGGGAAGAAGGGCUGCCUCUCCUGUAGGCGGGGCAACGAGCCUGGUCUUAUGGGUCUCGGUACCCCUCAAGGGGGGUCUUGUGGGUCUCAUGGGUCUCAGCAUCCCUCAGGGGGGUGAUAUAGGUCUCAGAGUGCCUCAAGGAGGGGCUCUUGGGAGUCUCCUAGUCCUCCAAGGGGUCUUGUAGGUCUCAGAAUCCCUCAAAGGUCUCAAAGUCCCCAAGGGAGUCUCCUAGCCCCCAAGGGGGUCUUGUGGGUCUCAGAAUCACCCAAGGGGCUCUGGGGGGGUCUCAAAGUCUCCCAGGGGGGUCUUAUGGUUCUCAAGCCCCCCAAGGAGGUCUCGUGUGCCUAAAACCCUGUGCCUUGUGAGGUUGCGCCGUUUUAAAAUAAACACUCAGAGACCAGCGUUGCGACUGACCACUCUCCUUGCUUUAGGGAACGCAUUUCUGUUCUGCCGGAGACUGAAAGGGAUGGCGCCUGCUGCCCCCAAGGAAAUAAUGCUUCAGAGCUUAGCGCAGUUACUGCAGGAUUCUGGUGACUUGAUUCUGGAUGGUACUAGCACUUUGACUUUGUUCACAUCCACAUUGCAGACUCUCACUCAAAUCUUUGAACAGCACCUACUGCCACGAAACCAGAAUCAUGGCUUCAUUGCACUCUCAUCACACCCUGCUGAAACAUCUGCAAUCCUUCAAGCCCAGUUUCUUUUUGAUGUUUUGCAAAAGACUCUCUCACUCAAGCUCAUUUCUGUUCAUGAUUGUGCUCUGCCAGCUGCUGUGAAGAUUUCCCCCUUCAAAUCUUUGCGACGUCUAGAGCUGAAAUGUGUUCCUUUACACUGUCUGCAUGGUUUGCGGUUUAUCUAUUCCCAGUUGGAAGCUUUGACCUGUUCCAAAUGUGUGAGCUCUCUAAAGGAGAUUUUUUCUGAAUGUGGAGGGGAUCUCAGUUCUGCACUUCCUUGGCUGGAAUUACAGACCGUCAACUUCAGCUAUAAUUCCAUUGCAAACUUGGAUGAAUCAUUGCAAUUACUGAAUGCUUUGAAGGCUUUGGAUAUUAGUCAUAAUCUCAUCCAGGACUGUGAGCGCUACCUGACAGUGCUGACAGAGCUGGAAUACUUAAAUGUGGCCUAUAACUUCUUAACUAAAAUGCCUGAACUUGGGCUUCACAGCCGGGCUAAAUUGGUGACCCUGAUUCUUCGUUACAACCAGCUUGAUAGCAUUAAUGGUGUGGAACAGCUACCAAGCCUUCAGCAUUUGGACAUUGCCUAUAACUUGCUGCUGGAGCACUCUCUGUUAGCACCGUUGUCCUUGCUGCACAACUUGAGAAGACUGCACUUGGAGGGAAAUCCUUUAUGGUUCCAUCAGAAUCAUCGACUUGUUACCAUAAUGCACUUGUCUCCUAGAGCUAUUUCCUGCAAUUUACUUCUUGAUGAGGAGUCACUGUCUAUCGCUGACCUGCGGAAUCAUUCAAAACUGGAUCAGACUGUUGUUCAGCCACUCUACACUCCAGCCUCAGAGAGGGCUCUGACAGACCGCAGUGCCCUGGAAAGUUCUUGUGCUGCAGACCAAAGUGACAGCCAGUCUCCUGGAGAACAUAGAUUUGCAAGACUCCCCACACAGAAGAGAACUAAGGGGAAGGUUAAAGUACGCAGGGCCAGCAUUUCAGAACCCAGUGAUACAGAACAUGAGAACAGAGUGUUGCCCCUCUCAGCAGGCUUAGUUCGGCAGCACCAGGCAGAGAUGGAGCGCAUGGACAGCUUCCGGGAUCGCUUUGGGGCACACUGGCUCCAGUAUCGGCGGCACUUGGAAGCAGAUGGACAGGCUGGGCUUCUUACCCCCUCUGGUAGUCCCACAGUGGAAUCUCCAGACAGCACAAGUGAGGCCUCUGAGCAGAGUGAGAGUCAAGUGCCAGAGGACAUUCCUGAUACAGCUGAGAGAAAGGACCUGGACCUAAUGCAAGUUGAUAAUGUGGUGGAAUGUCUCAAAGCAAAAACAGAAGUGGAUGUGCUGGCAGCUAAAGAGCAGGAGGAAAAUCUAGAAGUGGACCUCUGCCAGCCAGUGCUGGUAAGCCAGAUAGAAGGUGAUUGUGACCCAGAACCAGACUGGAUCUUCCUGCGAGUCACUGCCCAGCAUGUCAUGGAGGUGGAGCUAAAAGCAGCCAGAAUUCUACACAGAUUGGAGCUGCAAAGUCUUGAGAAAGUGGAGACCUCAGAGAUUCCCUGGAAAAGGAUGGAUCUGGAGUGUGUCUUUCCAGUUCUUACACUGCAUUUCAGUUACAUCUGCAAAGACCGUCAGAAGCGUCGCUAUGUAGUGCUGGAUGACCAACCUGAAAUCUGUGUACAGGAAUUGCUCAGAGUGUUGAAACCUAUCCUGGAGAAAAACCAAAACAACAGAAGUCAGGAGAAAGGAGGCUCAAAGCUCCAGUGUCUGAAAUGCAAGCAGGAAUUUCCAGGGUGCUUGCUGCUUGGGUGGCAGGGUCCAGGCCCUGCUGAAGAAACUACUACUUUACCUGAGCAAGAUGCUGUUGCUGCUUCCAGUGAUCCCAUAAUCUGCCCCAGCUGCUCUAGUGACCAUGUGGUCAUCUUGCCUUGCGACAGACGUCCCAGCACACCAUUGCUUCCUCAAGAUAGCCUUGGUGAAAACCAACAGGAGGCUGGAAAGUUCUAUAUUGGUGAAGAUAAUUCGGAAACUGGAACCAGCUCCAGUACCCAGAUUCAAGAGCUGAGUGGUGACCACAGCAGCAAUGUGCAUUCCAGUUCCCGCAGCUCUGAAGGGGCUGAUGCAAGCAAAAGGGAUUUGAAUUUCAAGAGCCAAUAUUCUUCCUUCGGUCACACAGAUACCAAUGGAGGGAGCCUGAUGGGCAGCUAUCAUUAUAGUACAUCUCGUGGACCCACUCCUUCCCAGCUGUCCCUGAGCUCAGAGCAUGAGGAACACUGGAACCUGAGCCCCCCAACCAACAGUUUGUUAAGCAUGCGGGACUUCUUCUCUGUGGACCAUCGUCUAAAGCUUUAUUUGGAUAUGGAGGUCUUUGACAAGACUGAAGAAUUCAAAUGCUUUCUCAAGGUGGCUGUAGUGAAAAAUGGUCGGCCGGGCGAGUUCCAGGCACUCCUGGUGGGUUCAGAUGUCCGACUUCAUGUGUUAGAGGUUAAAGGGGAGAUAAGGGGACAGCCGUCAGAGUGGUUGAAGAAGUGUGACUGUCACUGCCUGUCUAACCUUUUUUGCCUGGAGGUAGGACUGUGCCACCAGAGCUUGCAUAUGGAAUUCGUGAAUCCUUCUGCCUCCUAUACUCUGUUGCUUCGUAACCAGAGCCGCUGCCGACGAUUCCUCCAGUGUCUAACACAUCUCAUACAGGAAUUGCCAACCAAAAGCAGAAGAAACAUCCCAGAUGUUACUGUUCUGGAAAUGAACCCCCAGCAUUCAUUAUGGCCACUGAUUGACAAAGACCUAGUAAAAGAAGCUGCAGGUGGCUCAGCCAGACCCUUCUUCUACCUAUUGGCAUAUCUCAUCCAAGGGGCUUCUGCCUUUCCUGUGACCUUGCUGAGCACCCAUAGUAACAUUUUCUUGGUGGAAGAAGAUCACCAGUGGCAAAAAGUCCCACCUUCCUCUGAUUCAGACAGUGGUGCUGAGCCCAAGAAUAGCUUCCAUCUGAAGGAGAGUGAACCAAUCAGUAGCAUCAGUGGGGUUGUGCUUUACCGUUUCUCUCCUUGUGAUAUAAAACUACAGCUUUAUGAUGAAGUCCUAAAAGUGGAGAGCACUUGGCACUUGCGAACAGAGUGUCCGGACCUUCUGGCUGAGCUGGUGGAAUGGUUGCGUAUGCCCUGGGAAGAGAUGUUUUCAAUUGCUCUCCGGAAGACUGUGCUUGAGGUGCUGGAGUGAAUUAAGGAGAAUCUGACUGGAAAAUUUCUACUCUUGUUGGAUUAAAGUUCUUGGGCCACUUCCACGUCUCUGAUUAACAAAAUAAUUGUGAAUUUUGCUGGUGCUGCUGGGAAGUCCCAGCAACAACUGGUAACUACAGCAGGAUAGUGUGGGUCCUUUAUGUAUUUGUACAACACAGGAAUAUGGACAGUUGUGAAGCCUCUUUAAUGAUUUCAUAGGUCGCUUCUUGUGGAGCAGGAAGUGAGACAGCCACUGACAGGGACAUAAAUCACCUCCUAUUGGACUGUAGGAGCCAUCUUCGAGUUUCCAGGAGCAAUCCCCAGCUAUCAACAACGAUUCCAUGAGCACUCGUCACUUUCUUCUGGGUAACAGCUGCUGGAAUUCGUGGAGCUAGUCAUACAAAGUAAUUAUUUCUAGAUUGUGCACAGAACUGAAUUCUUAUAGUUCUGGUUCAAGAGACCUAAGGCUCUCACUGUAGACCCCAGAAACUUUCCAACCUUCCUUGUUUAACAAUGAGGGCCUUGCUUUUCAGACUCAUCAAGAACAUACAUGGGAAUCUGUGUCUCUGUGCUGGACUAGCCUUUCCAAGGAUGGUCUUAGCUGCUAGGUGGAGAAUCAAGAACUCUUGUACAUUAUGUCUCUGUUGAUGCAGAGAGAAUUCAGGGUCUUUGGGUAUGAAUCACUGGAAACUGUAGCCUUCCCUGGGCAGGACAAAGAUCAGUUUUAACUGUGAGACUUUUAUUUUUGUUGUCUAAUAAAAAUGUUUUUAUUA